GUGUGCGCAGCGUGACGUCACUGCAGCACACGCGCUUUGGCUAAUACUCUCCAGCCGCGACGGGCAGACCAACAGUUUACUGGUCUAAAUUUCAGUUCUAAGAUCAUGUCGUGGUCCAGGGUUGUUUUACUUGUGUUGGUUGGAUUUACACUGCAUGCAAGCCACGGCCUGCAACGCGACCGCCAGCGGGGAGCUCCGGUCGGAAACUUCAGAACCUUCCAACAUAAUGUUUCAGGCAGCGUUUGGGCUGUAGAUGAAGACAAGCUUUAUAUCGAAAACUUUUUCUAUGACGGGAAUGGCCCAGAUGCCUUCUUCUGGAUUGGUAAUGGCAGUAGCCAACCUACACCCCGUGGACACCUCAUCCGCUACCCACUAAAUACACCUGAUGGGAAACCAGCGGUGUUACCCCGGAUGGACGGAGAAAACCUGGUCCUCCACCUCCCCCCUGGAAUGAAGGUCACUGAUAUGAACUGGCUCUCCGUCUGGUGUCGCAGAUUCACGGUGAACUUUGGUCACGUGAACAUCCCCGACACUCUUGACCCUCCCAGAAAAAGAACUCUUCCAGAAUUCCAGCGGCUGGCCCACGGCCUCCGAUCUGGAAACAUCACCAUACUGGACGCAAAAACCUUUUAUAUUCCCAACCUCCAUUACGAUGGUCUGGGUCCCGAUGCUUACUUCUGGGUGGGCAAAGGGUCCAAGCCUGACCCUAAAGGUCACAAGAUUCCAAAUGAAAUGGGCAGCCUGGACGUCCUCCGGAAGUACGAGGGCGAGGACAUUGAACUUCAGUUGCCCGACAACCUGACAGUGUACGACAUCGAUUACUUAGGCGUCUGGUGCGUCACGUUCAAACACAAUUUCGGACACGUCCAGAUUCCAAAUCCUGAAGAUCUCUGGGUCCCACCUUCCCUGGGACAGACGCGCAUCAAGGCCCACAUCUCCAGCCCGGAGUUCAACAACUGCCGUCAGCUGAGCGAAAACCUCCAGGUGGAAUGGCAGAGUCAGGAGGACGAGAUCCACAUUCGACUCACCGCCAAGAUGGACGAGGAUCAGUACAUAGCCUUCGGUCUAUCCCCAACCAAUGAGAGGCCUGAAAUGUUACACAGCGACAUCGUAGUAGCUUAUUACGACAGAGAAGACGGGUCCUUCCACGCUGUGGAUUACAGCGUCAGUGCCAAGGCGCAGUGCGACGGAAAGAACGGCGUCUGCCCCGACGAGCGAGUGAACGGCCGGAACGACGCCAGCAUCAUCAGCGGCGAACGGAACAACGGCAUCACCACUAUCACGUUCAGCCGUCCGUACGAGACCAACGAUCAGCACGACAUUCCGAUCCCCCGGUUCUCGGACAAGACGACAAUCAUCGCCUCUAUCGGCCAGCUGAACGGGAGGAACGAGGCCAAUUAUCACGACGAGUUCGUCACGAAAGACACCGUGAUCCUGGACUUCAAGUCGACGGACGACAAUUCCUGUGCAACGAUCACAGGAGGCGAGAAGGAGCCUCCCCGCUACCAGCCCUGGCGGCCGAAUGUCAUCAAUCACACUUCCAAUUUCUCUGCCACCAUUGGACCCACCGGUGGCGACCGAGGAUAUACCGCCAUCACUGAUCUUCCAUCCUGGGGCAUUGCUUGGUGGAUCAACGAUCUUCUCAUCCCUGAAAUCUACGUGGAGAGAGGUCAGACCUACUACUUUACUAUCAAUGGUGGAGACGACAGAUUAAGCAGUGCAAGAUACCAUCCGCUCUACAUCACUGACAGUCCGGAGGGCGGUUUCGGCCAGAAGACGGCAGAGGAGCAACAGAUGGAGAAAAUCUUCGCCGGGGUUCGCUACUCAAAAAUGGGAACGCCAGAGCCAACAGCGGUGGGUGGCCUUUGUCAGUGGCGCCACAUAGGAACGGAUGCCUGGCAGACAAGCGACACCUUCGACGAAUACAAGAAAACGCUCUACAAGGACUGCGAUUCGCAACUGACUGGCUCCCUAGUUUGGACUGUGCAGGAAGAGACGCCGGACCUUGUCUACUAUCAGUGCUACACCCACCGUAACUUGGGCUGGAAGAUCCACGUCGUGAACAGAGGAUACAAAUCAAGACAGGCGUUCGACAAUGGAGCUGCCUCGGUUCAGGCCAACUCCUGGUUCCUGGCUACACUGCUCUUCGUCCUGGUGAUCCUCCUGCCAAGCCAGAACUUCCUCCUUAGAUGAAACUCCUAGGGCUUCCUAGAACACCACCACAACCACUACCACCGCACAACCAAUAUCCCCUAUCCCAUCCACACCACCACAUAAUUAUACACUCAAGGGACUGCUUUUAACAUGCAAGGAUUCUUCUUCUGUUUGCCAUGAUGAAUUGGACUGCUUGGUUUUCAUCCAUCUAUUUCUCUUUCAUCCUGUCUUCAAAUCUAUCUCAUAACUUUCAGUGUCAGUUGUUAUGAAUGUGACCAGUGAAAAGUGUUUUUGUAACUAUCUGCAACUACAUUUUAAUGACAAGUUUCUCAUCUUACAGCCGGCUGAAUGUGCUAAGGUACUGAUUCCUUUUAGUGUUGUAGUAUAGUCUUGUUUCUAUAGGUAUCCAGAAAAUGCGUCUCUUUUAACAGUAGAAUCUCGAGAGGCUUGAAGAAGCUUCACUAUCAGGUAUCUCUCAUCCAAUGGUAACCAAGAGUUUGCUACACAUUUCAUGUUGAGUGGAGUUGGCGCUUGCUACGUAUUUCAUGUUGAAAGGUGUUGGUAUUUGGACUCAGUCUGUUUUCUCUUCUGUUUCUUUUUUGACGGGGGAAGGGAACUGGGUAGUCUUCAGGGGGCGAAUAUGAUCAUUAUAUACUUCUUCUUUGUCUCCCGUUACCUUUUGUGGAUUUCGUAAUUAGAACAGCUGUCUUUCUUAUAGCCAAGAUCCUUUACUUCUGUAUGAUGAAGACUUGUUCUGGUAAAGUUCCAGUCAAUAAAACAAGCUCUUUACUUCUACGACUACUUACUGUACAGAGUUAGAGCCAGCUGUGGUUCAUAUUUGCUCUUGAUUUGUUUUCCUUUCUUGAAAAGAUUAGUUUCACCUUUUAGCCCCUAGCAAAGUAGGGGAGUUCUGCAGAUCAGUCUUUAAAUUUAUUAUUACAAAUCAUAUUACCGUAUGGUCAGUCUGAAUUAGCAAUAAAUAUCUGGUGAAUUGAUAUCAUACCCCCUUCAAAAAAAAAUAUACAUAUAUAUAUAUAUAUUAUUUUCUAUUUGAAUGAUCUUUUGAAGUGAAAGAGUCUUUUGGCAAGUGCUGUGAAUAUAAGGUAAAUGUAUUUAUUGUACAGUAAUGUAAUAGCUCUUGUUGUUAGAGGACAAAGUGUUUUCUUUUUCUUUGAUUCGAGUAUUCUUUGUGAUGUUCUCUUAAGAUGAAUGCAUAAUCAUGUACAUAAUCGUAUUAGCUCUUUAUAUGACAUUCAAACACAUUUUGUAAACGUUCAGCAGAAAGCUUACUUGAACAUAUUGUCAUCAUUCAUGCUUCCAUCCUUGGGAGUAACUUAACCGCUUACGUAGGCGCUUUUCCCACUUAUUUUCUUUAAUGAUUAUUAUUGGAAAAAGUGAAAAUCCUGUGAAGUGGAAUGCAUUUGUAUUUAAACGUGUUUUUAUCUAAUACUGAUCAUUCAACCAACAUUGCCAGUCAGUGUGCAGUAAGUAUUCCCAAGGACAUCUUGACAUAUCUGAGCUGCUCCCAGAAAUUCAUUGAAAUUUUCAUUUGCUACCAAUUUCUCUGGCGAAUCUCAUGUGAGAAAGAACAGUACAUUCAAAUAGUAAAAUUCGUGUACCCGAGGUCUUUACAAGAAUCAGGAUCAUCUCAGAUAUAUAACAUCAAAUUUACACUUACUUUUUUUACAAACACAAAUUCCAGGUCCAUGGGUCACCCUGAAGCAUUGACAAAUUUUUAUAAAAUUAAAACACUGUCAUGGAAGACGAAGUACCCAUGAACCAUCAAAGAUUGGCCCAUUUUGUCCCUUACAAUUGCAUCUUUCUAUUUGAGUCCUAGAUCAUUGGAUCUUGUGGUGUCUUCAUCCAUUCAAAGUUUGAAUUUUGUCUCGAAGUUUCCAUGAACUGGCCCACAUCCGGCCUAUUUCUUGUGUUCCUUGUCGCUUAGGUAACUGAAUUUAUAUAAUUUUAUAUUGAGGCUAAACUGCUAUGCUAUGUCUAAUCUCCUCAGCAUUACUAUCAGAUGUUGGUUCUUGAUGUUCCAUAGUUGCAUGUGGUCGUGUUCUUUCAGUGGAGUGCGCUCAGGUCUCUCAAUAACCCCAUCCCAUUUCUUGGUUCUCCACCCAGUGAACAGAUUCGAUGCAACAUUGCCACCUCUCAUCAACAGCCUAAAUUAUUCACUUGUCUCAUCUGGAGUACUCUCGAAUAUUCACCUCAAAAAGAGAAGAAGAGCAGAAUGGGUUUUUGAAGAUGACUUGAGCUGUGUAGCUCCUCAAGAAGCAACCUGUGUUGCCUAUUGAGUGUCAUAGCGGCCAUCGUCAUCAACAAUAGAACUGAUCGGUGCUCCCCAGCUUAAACAUCAGCCUAACUUAGUGUCACCUUGUGACUAUCCAUGAACUAAAUCCCAACUUGGAGUGGGGCUGUUAUUUUUUUAUAUGUGAAUAUUCACUGUAUAUUUAAUACAUUUAAUGCAUAUGUCAUAUAGUCCACUUAGAGUGUAAUUUCUUGUCAAAUAAAUAAUAUUUUUGUAGAGUAGAACCAGUACCUAUGUGGCCACUGUACAAGAUGUUUCUUUUUUGUUCUUUGUGGUAGAGGCUAAGAUUUAUUUCAGAAGUUUGUUGUGGACUUACCAAUUUUAUAUUGCUGUGAUUAUAUAUAAAUAUAUAUACAUAUAUAUUUACUGUAAUGUUGACAUUGUAAAAUAUUCCUGAAACCCUUUAUCUGGUUUUCCCGAGUGAAAACCUUCCUAUUAAAUGCAGGGGGCAUAAGCCACUGCAACAUUCAACAACAUAAUCAAUAUGGAUUCCAUUUUAGGUAUUAGGGAAUCGUUAUGUCCUGAGGAUGGCACGUAACAGUAUACGUAGUUACGCCUCAAUAUACUAUAUAUAUACAUACAUAUACAUCUCUCUCUUAAUGAGUGUUCACUUUAUAAAUUCUGUAAGCUGAGUCUUUCAAUAAAUAACUGCACCUAAAA